AUGGAAACAGGCCAACAGGUUUGGCCAUAAAGUGACUUGGUACACCUGAUGAGAAAUGUUUUCCAGCAGAAAGGCAGAAACCAUAUAAAAGCAUGUAGGCGUGAGUUUAGAUAACUUAGCGGAAUCGUGUGGUUUUGAAAGAGGAGCGAGAUGCAUGUGGUCCCUGGUUUAAUUCUGUUUAAAAUGUGAUGUUUGAGCAUACUUGUGAGAAGAUCGGUGGUGAGGUAGAGGAGGAGACACCUGAAGGGAAGUUCUGACGAUACGAAGAGAAGCAAAGCACAUAGUAGGUGUUUUGUGUGCGUGCCUUGACGUUCGGUUUAUAAUGUGGGUAAGGACUCAAAUUCUCCUUCCAGAGGUUACCACGUUUGCUUCCUUCUACACUGGGGUGACCAACCUUGUCCCUACUCUGAAUCCGCCCGGGACUCCAGAGCAUCGUUGCUGAGUUAACGAAAAAAGGUGUUCAUGAGCCAGCCACGCCUGAUGCCUCAGAACCUGACUUCCGAACAGCACAAGGUAAAAGGAGCUAAGAGUGAUGGAUGACUAACUGAAGGCUGCCCUAGCAGGGAACGAACCGAGCGAGCACUAGGUGGAAACCUUUGUCGGAAGCUGCGCAACCCUGCGCGUCCCGGUUGCCCCGGCGACGCUGCUGUGGCUGAGUCUCUCGGGAGUUCCUGUAGCUGCAGCAGACUGAUGGACAGACGGCGCGGGCUGGGGUUGCUCACGCCUAUACUCUGCGCCACCCUCGCCACACCGAGUCUGUGCCGUGCGACGCUGUGCGUCAAUCACGACGCUACCUUAAGUCGCUCUCACUAAAAUGGAAAAGUAUGAAAAACUGGCUAAGAUUGGAGAAGGGUCUUACGGGGUUGUCUUCAAGUGCAGAAACAAGGCGUCUGGACAAGUGGUAGCUAUCAAGAAAUUCGUGGAAUCCGAAGACGAUCCUGUUGUUAAGAAAAUAGCACUGCGAGAAAUACGGAUGCUGAAGCAGUUGAAACACCCAAACCUUGUGAACCUCAUCGAGGUGUUCAGAAGAAAGAGAAAGAUGCACCUGGUUUUCGAGUACUGUGACCACACGCUGUUACACGAGCUGGAGAGAAACCCGAACGGCGUUCCUGAUGGCGUCGUCAAAAGCGUGCUGUGGCAAACCCUUGAAGCCCUUAACUUCUGCCACAAGCAUAACUGUAUUCAUCGGGACGUAAAACCCGAAAACAUCCUAAUCACCAAGCAAGGAAUGAUCAAGAUUUGUGACUUUGGAUUCGCACGAAUUCUGAUUCCAGGAGACGCCUACACGGACUACGUUGCCACCAGGUGGUACCGAGCCCCUGAACUUCUCGUGGGAGACACGAAGUAUGGUUCCUCCGUGGACAUGUGGGCCGUCGGCUGUGUUUUUGCGGAGCUCCUGACGGGUCAGCCGCUCUGGCCAGGAAAAUCAGACGUGGACCAACUUUAUUUGAUCAUCAGGACACUGGGAAAACUCAUCCCAAGACAUCAGUCUAUCUUUAAAAGUAACCAGUUUUUCCGUGGCAUCAGCAUACCUGAACCAGAAGACAUGGAAACCCUUGAAGAAAAAUUCUCGAAUGUUCAGCCUGUGGCUUUAAAUUUCAUGAAGGGCUGUCUGAAGAUGAACCCAGACGACAGGCUGACCUGCGCCCAGCUGCUGGACAGCGCCUACUUCGACUCAUUUCGAGAGGAGCAAAUGAAAAGGAAAGCCCGCAGGAGGCGUCAGCAGAAUCAACUGUUACCUCUUAUACCUGGAAGCUACAUCUCCCCCACACCUGAUGGAAGAAAACAAGCCCUCCAGUUAAAAUUUGACCAUCUCCCUAACAUUUAGGGAACCUGUUCCUCCCGGUGCGCUCACUUAAUAUGUAGGUAUUUUUGUACGAGAUAGGAAUCCUCGGUGUUCCCAAUGCGAACGAGCAGUGUGAAAAUGAAGGUGCCCCCGAGAACCGAUUCGCUCUGAGGAUUCUGAUUCCUUUUCCCUGUGCCUUCUCCACGCCAACUCCGUCUCCUAGAACAGUCUCUUUAAAUGCCGUAAUGCCAAAAUGGCACACACACGGAGGAAAAGCUUUCAAUUCCAUCAGAGUUGUGCUUCUUAGACACUGCGACUCGGGGCUUCCGCUUCGAUUUAGGGGAAGAUUUCCAUGCGUCAUCUCUCUUCAGCUGACUGUGUAACAUCCUGAGCAGAAGCAGAUCUGCUGGCUGCUGUCGACAGAGGGGACGACAUUGAGCUUCCACACUGGAAGGUCUUCUCAGUGGAGCCCAGUCUUCUUUAUUCUGCAUUUACAUUGCUGUAGCAUGGUGAUCGUGAAAGGUGGUCUAGGUUUACCUAUUGACUCCAGGGAACACUCUGCUGUCUUUUUCUCAUGAGGCAUUGAUAAUUCUGCUUUUACAGCAAGUUAGAGAAAAUCCCAUACACAACCCAUAGCAGACAGACUACAAGGAAUCACCCACCACAUGACAGUAAUGUCCCGGAAUCACUGGCUCCCACUCUAAGGCUGUCCCUGGGGUACCAUGCUUUCUUUUUCUUUUUCUUCUUUUUUAAUCUA